UUGUGGGAAGGCAUGGAACCGUGAAACCCUAAAGUAUGGCGGAUGGGGAAGAGCCGGCGAAGAAAAGACAGAGAAUAGAGGAGCAGCCUGAGAAGUUAGUGAUGAAAUGCUAAGCGCUGGCUGCAGAAUGGCAGUGGAUGUUAGCAGCAGCGGUGAUUGGGAUGGCCGAUGGAGCCAUGUGCAGAAGUUUCUGGAGAGGUCUGGACCCUUCACGCACCCUGACUUUGAACCAAGCGAGGAGACACUCCAGUUUUUAUUGGAAACAUGCAAAAUUCUCGUGAUUGGAGCAGGUGGUCUUGGCUGUGAGCUACUUAAAAACCUGGCACUGUCAGGGUUUCGGAACAUCCACGUAGUGGAUAUGGACACUAUCGAUGUGUCGAAUCUGAACAGACAGUUCCUCUUCAGGACUAAGGAUGUCGGGCGUCCCAAGGCUGAGGUGGCAGCUGACUUCAUCAACAAUCGAGUUCCAGGAUGUCACGUUGUACCACACUUUAAGAAAAUUCAAGAUUUUGAUGAAUCUUUUUACAGACAAUUUCACAUAAUUGUUUGCGGGCUGGACUCUAUCAUUGCUCGCCGGUGGAUGAAUGGAAUGCUGUUGUCAUUGCUCAUCUAUGAAGAUGGGGUUUUGGAUCCUAGCUCCAUAAUUCCACUAAUAGAUGGAGGUACAGAAGGCUUUAAAGGGAACCUGAGGGUCAUCAUGCCUGGAAUGACAGCCUGUAUAGACUGCACACUGGAGCUGUAUCCUCCACAGGUUAAUUUCCCAAUGUGCACUAUUGCAUCGAUGCCACGGCUGCCUGAACACUGCAUCGAGUAUGUGAGAAUACUGCAGUGGCCCAAAGAGAAACCAUUUGGAGAUGGCGUAGCUUUGGAUGGUGAUAAUCCUGAACACAUUCAGUGGGUGUUCCAGAAGUCUCUGGAGAGAGCAGCUGAGUUCAACAUCACUGGAGUCACUUACAGACUCACACAAGGUGUGGUUAAACGAAUCAUCCCUGCUGUCGCAUCCACCAAUGCAGUCAUCGCUGCUGCUUGCGCUACAGAGGUUUUUAAGAUUGCUACAAGCGCUUAUAUUCCUUUGAAUAAUUAUCUGGUGUUUAAUGAUGUGGACGGCUUGUACACCUACACCUUUGAGGCAGAGCGAAAGGAAAAUUGCACGGCAUGUAGUCAAGUUCCUCAGAAGCUACAAUUCCCACCGUCUGCUAAACUACAGGAAGUGCUGGAGUAUCUGACUGAGAAUGCCUCCUUACAAAUGAAAUCUCCAGCGAUCACCGCAACACUUGAAGGCAAAAACAAAACUCUUUACUUACAGACUGUAGCUUCAAUUGAAGAAAGAACAAGGCCCAAUCUCUGCAAAACUUUAAAAGAGCUGGGAUUGGCUGAUGGACAGGAGUUAGCUGUGGCUGAUGUCACCACUCCUCAAACAGUCCUCUUCAAGCUUAACUUCACAUCCUGAACACAACUAGUAUACAACUGGACACUAUAUAGAGACCCCUUUAGUUAAUAGAAUACAGCACUGAAGGUGUCAUCUACAUGGCUGCCUCUCAUUUACAAGAAAAGAUGUAUCGGAACCUAUUAGAUGAAACGGAGUAUUUAAGAAUAUGUUUCAUUGUGUAAAUAAGGCACUUCGCAGUGUAUGAAUGAAGCAGUUUUGCUUUUAUUGUGUUCUAAUCAUCUACAAAGCUCCUGAAAAGCACUUCAAGGGUCACUUGAAGAUUCAUUUUAAAACCAGCUUCACAAGCCAUGAGAAAGUGAAGGAGAGAUUACUAGCACAUAUGCCGUUGUACACUGGGGAUGAAGAUCUAUUUUGAGCAUUUAAUGAUGGUUAAUGUUUUUAUUAAAAAAAGAUUUUUUUUUGUGUCCAUCUGCUUAAAUGUAAAUAUCGCUGGUUACUUGUAUGCUUGUCAGUCAAAAUGCUCUGUAAUAAAAGGAAGUCUUUGCAAGGGUUUUUGAAGAAGGUUUUCCCAAUUUAGUAACUGUAUAUCACACCAUCAAAAGUUUGUGGUAUGUUUAUCUCUUCAUGCAAGUAUAUUAACACGUGCUAAAAGCACAGGUCGAAAAGACCAGUUUGGUCACUCAUCACUUGUCAUGCAUCACCGCAGUAGUUGAUUAUUGUAUCUUUUGAAGAGACGCUGUUAUAUUGUUAGAAGAAUUUUUCCAGGGUAAUAUCUUCUGUGGAAUCCUCAAAACCCAGUUAUAAUGGAAAUGUAUGGGUAAUUUGUUAAAUACUGUCAAAUGUGUAAAAUAACUAUAGAAUGCAAAUUCAUAACUAAUUAACAAUAACGGUAAAAGUCUUAGGAUGACACCGACAUUAGAUCUUACCUAAAGACGUAUUUCUAUCCUUUUUUUUCCUUUUUUUUAAAAAUAUUGUGUAAAUGUGCAAAUCAGCAAAAAUGAACGCAUGGUUUCCAUUGUUGUAUCCAUGCGUUAGGUAUUUCCAGCUUUAAGUACUAAUGCACACCAACAAAUUCAUCCUUCUGAAUAAUUAAUUCUGAAUAAUUAAUUAAGAAAAAAUACCUUUUGUACAUUUUUGUCCCACAAUAAUGUUUCACAUAAGCACUUAUUAACUGUUCAAACAAGUUUUGAGUAAACAGGUUUUUACGUUUUUUUCCCCUCGGUACAAGGAAAUGUUAAAAUUCUUUGUUAUAAUGGUAGCACAGAAUAAAUAGCAGAUACAUAGUGAUAAAUGGAAGUUUGACAAAACAAUAAACAUUGGGGUAUUCA